AUGGACACCGUUGGAAAGGUCGAAUCCCACUCUGGCCAAGAGCGGCUGGCCGAGCAGGCUCAUCGUCGCCGGAUAAAUGACCGAGCAGUCAUCGAUAACCCUCUCGCUGACUACACGGAUGACCAACUGGAAGCGGAUGUCAGGUCGUUCGCCCAAACAACCUUGCACGUUGAUACGGCGGCCCUUCUCCGAGCCGCACGCGUGGGUAAGGACAUCAGACUGUACGACGAAGUGGCCAGAAACCCCAGCGAGAGUGCCGGCAGAGAGCUCCCAGUCCAAUUGACGGCGGAGGAGAAACGGGCGCUUGUACGUGAACGUGAUGUUCCGUUCAGUGAGAAGGGGAUGUGGACCAUUAUCAUUACAGUAUCCCUCGCGGCAUUUUUGCAAGGUCAUGUCCAGGCCUCCUUUAAUGGCUCGUCGUUAUAUGAUACAGAGUUCGGUCUCGACACGCUGGUUGUCGACGGAAGAAACAAGAACUCCAAGCCAGGAGUCGAUGACUGGAAACUCGGGGCUGCGAACGCGUCGCCUUUUUUCUUCGCCGCGAUCUUGGGCUGUCCCUUGGCACUUCCUGUGAACCACUACUUGGGCCGCAAAGGAGGCAUGGUUGUAGCGGCUUUCUUGAUCCUUGUCAGCUCGCUCGCCUCGGCCUUUGCCACAAAUUGGCAACAGCUCUUCGGCAUCCGUCUGGUCAAUGGAAUCGGAAUGGGUCUGAAGGCCGUCAGCACCCCUAUUCUGGCCAGUGAGACUGCAGUCGGCUUCUGGCGCGGCACAUCCAUCCUCGCGUGGCAACUAUGGGUGGCCGCGGGGAUGAUGAUUGGAUUCGCCUUCAACCUGAUGUUCGACACAACGCCUGACUCGAACAAGAGACUGACCUUCCAACUAAUGGUGGCAGCCCCCAUGGUACCUGCGCUGGCGCUGCUGGCGUUUGUUAUCUGGUUUUGCGACGAAAGCCCGCGUUACCUGAUGCGCGUGUCGAGCCCGAGCUACAGCCCACAGCGAGCUUAUCAGAUCCUCAGGAGGCUGAGGAACACGGAGCUGCAGGCGCUGCGGGACAUUUACCUGGUCCACAAGUCGCUCGAGCAGGAGGAGCCAGCCAGCGGCGACUUCGCCGACUCCCAGCCGGUGCAAGGCUUCAUGGCGACCGUCGCAGGGUUCUUCCGCCAAUGGAAGCAGCUCUUCCUCUGGCGGCGGCUCCGUAACGCGCUCAUCAGCAGCUCGACGGUGGCUCUCGCGCAGCAACUAUGCGGCAUCAACGUGCUGGCAUUCUACUCGGGCAUGCUCUUCAACCGCGUCGGCGUGGAUAAGAGGGUGUCAAUGAUCUUCAGCCUCGGCUACGGCGCCGUCAACUUCGUCUUCGGCCUCCCCGCCAUCAGGACUAUUGACACGCUGGGGCGGCGCAAGUGGCUUAUGCUGACACUGCCAGCAAUGGCGCUUUUCAUGCUGCUCGCAGGGGUGUCAUUCAAUAUCCCCGACGGUGACCCCCAGGUCGCGGUGGUGACGCUGUUCAUCAUGUUGUUUGCGGCGGCAUACUCGCCCGGCCUGGGCCCAAUCCCGUUCACUUACGCGUCCGAGUGUUUCCCGUUAUCCCAUCGCGAGGCCGGCGCGGCGGUCGCCAUCGCCGUCAACCUGGGCUUCGCUGGUCUGGUCUCCAUGUUCUUCCCAAGCAUUUACUCGGGUCUAGGGCGGAGCGGGUCGCUGUACCUAUUUGCGGGCCUCAACGUCGUCGCGUUGGUACUCGUGUUUCUGUUGCUGGAAGAGACGAAGAGGCGGAGUCUCGAGGAUCUUGAUCUCGUGUUUGCCGUUUCGAAGCGUACCUUUGUACGACAUCAGGUGUUUCAGUACCUACCGUGGUUCUUCAAGCGGUACUUCCUGGGCAAGAGGCAGGCUAAGCCAAGUUUGUACAUCGACCUGAUCUGGGGGCCUAGAGGAGAAAGGUCCCGUGUGGAAGAUGCGGAGGGGACGGGACGGAGGGACAGCUCGGAGUCGGACAGAGACAGCACACAUGCUUGA